UUUCUUUCAGCCUCGUCUCUCAGCCCUUUUUCACUCUUUCAACUUGGACGUCGGCCGUCGCAUCUCCCUCUCACGGCGUCCGCACCCGCCGCUUGGAUCUCUGCAGUCACCGUGAGCUCGUCUGAACUAAAAUCUUAGUAUACCUCCAAGUUUUCGUGUCGUAGCCAAAUCCUUUCGAAUUCGUUUUUCGGUUUGUGAAGAAACCUUAGCUGAUAUCUUUGGUGGACAAAAAAAAUGACAGAAAUUUUCAGUUACACAGCAUGCAGACAAUUGUCUCAGAUGAUCUUUGCAAUUAUCUUCUUUCAUGGUUCUGAAUACAUCUUAGCCGUUGGAAUUCAUGGGAGACAAAAUGUUACUCUAAAGUCCCUUUUGAUAAGCAAAAACUACCUCUUGGCCAUGAUCUUAUCCUUCUUAGAGUACUUUCUUGAAGUUUUGUUGUGUCCCAGCCUUAAGGAAUACUGGUGGGUUAGUCAUAUAGGCCUAGCCAUGGUUGUCGUCGGAGAAAUCGUACGUAAACUGGCGAUCAUAACCGCAGGACGGUCUUUUACGCAUCUGAUUAAGGUCUAUCAUGAGGACCAUCACAAGCUGGUCACUCAUGGAGUUUAUAGAUUUGUUCGUCAUCCUGGAUACAACGGUUUUCUCGUGUGGGCGGUGGGAACUCAAAUCAUGCUCUGUAAUCCCAUAUCGACCGUUGCGUUUGCCAUUGUUGUCUGGCAUUUCUUUGCUGAACGAAUUCCGUAUGAAGAGUACUUCUUGAGACAGUUUUUUGGCCACGAGUACGAGGAGUAUGCAAGACGGGUACCGUCUGGAGUGCCAUUUGUGAAAUGAAGGUCCAAGAAUGCUUCAUGAACAGGUUUCAUGGUUGUUCUGUUCUUGUGUUAUGUGUAGUUUCUGAUUGAUGAUUUGUGAGAUUGGAUCUUUGUGACAAGUUUGAGGUUCUUACUUGUACCAUUUUUGUUGAAUAUGUGUAUGUGACAUUUCAUAACAAAUAUACUAUCAUCUGUUGAGUUGGGUUCGGUUGAGUUA